AUGUGCUCGCUUAGCGCGGCCUGCCCUGGCUGCGGCAAGCGCCCAAUGAAGUGCCUUUGGUGCGUGCUGCUUCAGGCGGCCGCGCUGAACUUUGACCGCGAUGUUCAGGUGUUCACAGCCAACAAAUGCGCGGACAUCGUUGACAAGGCGAACUCCUCUGGCCACGUGACAGAGGAGUCGAGCAUCUCGGUGUGUCGGAAGCACUCCCAAAGCAAAGAGACCUGUGGCCUUCUGGGGGAAAUGUUGGCGCUGGCUCAGAUGCGUGCAGACUUCAACAAGUCAAGCUUCUGCGAGAUGAUGAGCUCGGCUCACUCGUGCUCUUCUGCCAUGGAGGACUUUCUGUCCUCGGAUGCAGUAGCCGACCUGGCUUUUGGCCACUGCCAGCGUUUGAAGCAGAAGUCCCCGGACUACUGUCAGCGCUUCAAAGGCGUGUUGACCGCUGUGAAGGCAGAGACCGUGGACACCCUGCGCGAGUGCUAUAUGCUGGAGUUGCAGAUGCAGCCCAGCACAGCGGCGCCAACCUCCGAGGCGCCGGACGCGGAGGCCCCGACACUCGGCUCUCCGGAGGCGCUCCAGGUAUCGCAAGAGGCUCGUCCCGGCGCGGCUUUCGCAUGUUCGAGUGGUUGUUGUCAGGCGGCCAAAGGCGGAGGCCACGCGCGGAACGGCGCAAGUGAGUGA